CGUACGACUGAUCCCAUGCUUCACAGGGGUUUGCGUCAGAUCGCUGCUUAAUCAUGUUUUCCUCCUCACCAGGCCUCGCUGAAAUUCAGCGGCGGAUAGACGAAGUCAAAGUGUUCCUAUCGAUCACUCUGAGAAUCGCCAAUGCGCACACGGUGGAGUUUUUCACUCACGACGUGUGGAAACGCUUCGUGGCGUUGUCGCCGGAGGAGGUCCUGUCAGCAGUUAGUUCCGGCGGUGACCAGCAGGGGGAGCCAGAGCCUGAAGGAAAAGAUGGAUCAGAGACGAUAUUUGGAUUCUGCCGCGUUACGAAUCGGCUGGUUGAUACGCACAAACUCGUGCAGGCAGCCAAAAACCACUCACUUCCAGGCCUUGGAGUGUGUUGGAGCAGGGAAGAGCUACUGCAGGUCCUCAGGGAGAAGACGUCCGAGUCUGGCGAUCCACCAACAGAGAUAGGUGCUGAGCUGGAGCCAGAGGAGUUUAUGAACUCCAAAAAAUCCCAUGAGGUCCAGUCCAUGUCAGAGGUGGUGGCCUGUUUAGCCGAGCACUGUGGAGUCAAACAGGUGAUAGAUGUAGGCUCAGGGAAAGGAUACUUGAGUUCUUUCCUGUCGCUGCAGUACGGUCUUCAGGUCUACGGCAUCGACUCCUCCAGCGCCAACACCCAUGGUGCCCAGGAGAGGAACAGGAAGCUGAAGAAGUUCUCCAGAAUGUUCCAGAAAAACAGCAAGGCAGCGAAGGCACAGGUCGAACCUUCACCUCAGGAGGAGUUUGUAGAAAUGAAUCCUGGGUCGACUAGAGACAGUGGUGCUUUAUGUGGAGCUGGGAGAGGAAUUAUGUCACAGGAAGACGAGAAGGUUUUGACUGUAUUAUCAGAUGUCCGCUCCACAGUGGAAACUCAUCCCGAGCCGCCAGUUCCAGAAACAGAGGAGCUCUUCCUUAGCGCUCUGUCAGUGGAUUUGAUACAGACUACAUCCCCCAGAGUUCCUCCUACCCAGCUGAGCACCGAGGAGAGGGAGAGGAGGAAGAGGGAGAACCUGGAGAGGAAAGCUCUGAACAGAACCGAGGGCGCCAACACCGUAUUUUCACCCCUCACGUCUUACGUUACGGCGGAAACGGAGCUGAGAGAGCUCAUAGGUGAGCUGGAGGACGCAGUCCUGGUCGGCCUGCACACGUGUGGAGACUUGGCUCCCAGCACCCUGAGGAUGUUUGUGGCUAAACCAGAGCUGGCUGCAGUCUGCAGUGUGGGCUGCUGUUAUCACCUGCUGUCUGAGGAGUUUGACCCAGCUGGACAGGAGUGUUUGCCCGGCGCGUGCGGUUUCCCGCUGAGCCGCUACCUCCGCAGUCAGUCGUGGUUCUGCGGCAGGAACGCCAGGAUGUCUGCGUGUUUGGCACUGGAGAGGGUGACACUCGGCCAGGGGAUUCAGAUGGAGUCUCUGUUCUACCGGGCAGUUCUUCACGUUAUUCUCAGGGAUCACUACAACUCCUACAAAAGUGAAAAACGAGUGGGGAAUGUCUACUCCAAGGCUAAAUCGUUUGUGGACUACGUGCGUCGAGCUUUACGCAGGCUGGAGCUGGAUGAGUCAAAGCUCUCUGACAGCGUCGUCCAGGAAUACCACGACACACACAGGCCACGAGUGGCUGAGAUGCACGCCUUCAACAUGUUGAAGGUGACACUGGCUCCCUGCAUCGAAGGUCUCAUUCUCCUGGAUCGCCUGUGUUACCUGAAAGAACAGGAGGACGCACCCGUCUCGGCGCUGGUGCAGCUCUUUGAUCCGCUGCUGUCGCCGAGGUGCUUCGCCGUGGUCGGGUUGAAGAGUCGCGGAAACGGAGACGCGAGCUGAUGAGCGUGUAUGUGCAGGGACUCUUGAGGAAACACUUGUUUUUUUUUAAAGACCGUCCAGGGACACGGGAGCCAUGUGGGAUUUGCGGGAGAGUCCACUGACAUGUCUGGAAACACACUUUUUAGCCUCCUGAACCAAAGGCAGCUGGGGGAAGAGAUGGACGAGGACAAUACGUGCCCUUCGUUUCCCUUUUUUUUUAAAUAAAUAAAUAAAUAUUGCUCUUUUUUUACAUG